CUUAUCGCGCUGGGUGAAAGCAAAGUAGCUUUGAGGGCCCAUGGGACGCAGCGGCUCCCUUUUUGCCGCCAAUCUGUUUCGCGCCCUGCCCUCGGCGCCCUCGGCCAAAAUCCAAACGCAAACCGCAAGCGCAUGCAAGCCUGAGAUGACAGCUGCGAGCUUCCUUAGCGAGCUAGCUCGGCAGCCCACGUUUCCCUAGGUCGCGGCGCCGGCGUUUCCCCGUUUGCGCCGCGGCGACAGCGCUUGCUUGCUUGCGACUUGGUCUGUGCCGGUCAACAGCACGUGGCCUGUGGCCGCGUCUGCGUAACACGGGCUCGUCUCCACGCACCGCCACCGACUGCGGGCCUCAAGGCAAAAGCGGCGACAAAGCGCCGAGCGCACGCGCGCGUCUCGCUGACGCGAGAAGCGUGGGGCUGGAGAGUAGCUAGCCGCGACAGCAGCAGCAGCUGCCGGUUACUGCCAGUGGCGGUGGUAUGGACUUGGAUAUGCAUUUUGACGCGAUGGAGGUCGACACCGCGGUGGCGGCAGGCGGAGGCGGUGGCGAACAGGAGAUGUCGCAAGCGCCAGCGCCGGCGCCACCGCCGCCACAGCAAUACCACCAGCAGCAGGGCCAGCAGCCGCAACACCUGCAGCAGCAGGUGGAGCAUGCACAGGACAUGCAGCCCGGACCCUACUCGGGCGUUCGCUUGCACCCGCAGCCGCCGCAGCAGCUGCCUGCCGGGCCACGGCAGCAGCAGCAGCAACUGCAACAACAACAUUAUCAUUACCACCAACAGCAACAGCAGCAACAGCAACAGUACCCGCAGCAGCAGCAGCAGCCGCACUUGCAGCAGCUGGUCAUGGAGGCGGUGCCGCUGGGCGCCCGGCGCGGCGGCGGCCGCGGCAGCAACAGCAGCGGCGCCAGCGCUAGCGGCAGCAGCUGGGCAGUCGGGUGUGGCACGGCGGGCGCCGCCGGCGCCGGCGCUGCAGGCGGCGGGGCCGGCGGGGGAGGCGCCGUGCCGGCCGCUGACAACAACAACCGCGGCAGUGCUGCAGACAUGACGACGAUGCUGCAACUGAACCGGUACGGCAGUACCGCCGCCACACAGCUUACGAGCGCCGGCGGCGGCCCUGGCGGCGGCGGCCCUGGCGGCGGCGCGAAUGUGGGCUACGGUUACGGGUUUGACGGUGCGGGUGCUGGCGGCGGCGGCGGCGGUUGGGUUGAGGCAAGCUCUCCGCCGCCGUCUGGGCAGGGAGGCGGCGCGGCUGGCGACAACGGCAGGGGUGCAGCGCGGCCGCCCGGCAGCAGCGCCUUCCACCACCACGCUGCAGCUGCCGCGGUUGCAGCUGCUACUGCUGCUACUGCCGCGGCUGCUGCUACUGCCGUGGCUGCGGCUCCUGCGGCGGGGACUACGGCACCCGGGAUGGCGGCGGGUGGCGGCGCACGCUUUCAGUCGUACGGUUAUCUCCCGUCGCAGGCGCAGGCGGCGCCGCAGCCACCGGCCGCCGCCGCGGGGUAUCCUCCAGCGCCGCCGCCGCCGCUGCACCGGCAUCACUCGGAGGGGGCGUUGCUCGCGCCGGGGCCGCAGCCGCAGCCUUCAGGCCCGAGCCCGGCCCCGCACCGCUACUUGCAGCCGCCACCGCAGCAUCCACACUACCCCGCACCCUGGGAGCAGCAGCAGCCGCAGCAGCCGCACGCGGCGCACGGCGGCUACCGGCCUUCGCCCUCGCCUGUGCCACCCUCGCUGCCGCGACAGCACUCCUUCCCACGGGCGCCGUCGGCUGGUCAGCUGCCCGGCGGCAACCCGACCAACCAGCACCCGCAGCAGCAGGCCCAACACCGGCCCCACCACCACCAGCAGCACCAGCAGCAGCACCAGCAGCAGCACCAGCAGCACCAGCCUGCUCAGCAGGUGCAGCAGCCGCAUCAGCCUCCGUACUACGCCUACUCACAGCCCCCGCCAGGCUACUCCCAGCCUCCACCGCAGCCGCCGCAGCCGCCACAGCCGCCGCCGCAGCAGCCGCCACAGCCGCCACAGCAACCGUAUCACUCCAAUCCCUAUUACCAACACCACCGCCAGCAACACCAGCAACAGUCGCACACCCCGCCGCCGCCGCAGCCGCCCCAGAGCGCAUAUGCGCCCCCGCUGCCCCAGCCGCCACCGCAGCCGCCACCGCAGCCGCCACCACAGCCGCCACCACAGCCGCCACCACAGCCGCCACAACCACCGCAGCCGCCGACGUCUCCCUUCCCGCACUUCAUGUCUCCGCCGCCGCCCGUGCCUGCCCCCCUGCCGCCACUUCCCACCUGGUCUCCGGCGGCAUCUCCACCCGCCUUCCCCCGCUCUGGCAGCGGCUUCGCCGCCGGCGUCGGCCUGGACCGCACCCUCAGCGGCGCAGCUCGCGGCGGCGGCGGCGGCGGUGGCGGCAGGCAGCUGCCGCCCAGCCCACUGGCGGGCAUGCGGGCGCCGCCCGUGCCACCGGAGCUGCAACAGGAGAUGGCCGAGUCCUUCCUGCGCGCCCUGGCCCUCAUCAUGGCGCGACCGGCCACCCGGGCGCCCACACUGGGGAACGUGAGCAGCAGUCUGGCGAUUGCCAUUGACGUCAAGAGCCGCCGAGUGGCGGAGCCGGCGGCGGCGGCUCCGGCGGCGGCGGCGGCUGGCACGACGGGCAGUGCCGCCGGGGACGGAGGUGGGGGCGGAGGUGGGGCCGCUGUCAAGGCGGAGGGCGGCGGCGGGUCGGUCGACACGGUCGGCUUCCGGACCGUCACCACCGCCACUACCGGCGCUGCCGGUGGCGGCGGCGGUGGUGGAAACAUCGGUAGCGCCGCCGGCGGAGGUGCUACAGCUGCUGGCGGCAGUGGCAACGGCAGUAGCGGGCGCCUGCAGCAGCUGGUGGGGGACGUGCCCAGCCCACCCGCGCCCUCGCCCAGCCCCGGCUCAAAACCGCCGCCGGCUGCCAGCACCCCCGCAGGCGGCCCUGCUGCAGCCGCUGCCGCAGCCCCUGCUACAGCCACCACCCCAGCCACCCCGCCCGGUGCUACUGCGGCCGCUGCUCCUGCGACCGCUGCUGCCGCACCUGCUACUGCCGGCGUGUCUGCUACAGCCGCGGCCUCGGGCGUGAGUCCUCGCUACCGAGGCGUGACCCGGCACCGGCGCACGCGGCGCUGGGAGGCGCACAUAUGGGAGGAGCGGCGGCAGGUGUACCUGGGCGGAUUCGAGGUGGAGGACCAGGCCGCCAAGGCGCACGACGUGAUGGCACUGCGCUGCCGCGGCCCCGACACCGUGCUCAACUUCCUGCCCGACACCUACAUCGAGCUGCAGCCGCUGCUACUGCCGCAGCAGGGCCGCCGCCCGCUGCACCGGAACGAAGUCGUACGGCUGCUGCGCAGCUACGGCAAGGAGGUCACCCGCCUCGCGCACACAGCAGCCCGGCCGCCGGGUGCCGCCGCCGCCGGCGGCGGCGGCGGCGCGCCCGGCGCCUCGGCGGCAGCCGCCGCCGCCCGCCAGGGCUCAGCCGAUUCUGGCGGCGGCGCCGGUCCUGUGGAGCCGCCGGUUACCAUCUUUGGCGAUGACGAGUGCGACGUGUACUGCUUCAUGCCAGGAACACUCAAGGCGCAGGCGCUCGCGGCGGCGGGUAGCAGCCCUCCGGGCGGCGGUGUCGGCGGCAUUCACCGCUCCGCCAGCGUCGGCGGCGUCCUUGGCGGCGGCGCCGCCGCCACCGGCGGCGGCGGCUGGGGUGCUGGGCUGUCACCGUGGAGUCCCAAGGCGGCGGUAGUGGCGGCGGCAGCGGCGGCGGCGGCUACAGCCGCCGCCGGCACCCCUGCCUCGCCUUCGACGCUGCUGUCAGCUGGGCUACUGUCGCCGGGUGGAGGCGCGCGUGCGUUCGGCGGGGCUGGUGGCGGCGGCGGCGGUGAUGGCGGCGACGGAAACGGCGGUGGUGGCGGCGCGCUGCCGCCGUUGACGCCGCUGAGUCCGGACUGGGCAGAGGCGUUGGCGUCGCUGGGCGUCGGCGGCGGCGCCACCGGGCUAUGGGGCCUGCCUGGCGGGGGCGGCGGCGGCGGCAGUCUCAACGGGCUGAGUGGUCUGCUGCCGCUGUCUGACACGUUGGAUGCCAUCACCAGCACCGCAGCGGCAGUGGAGGACCCGGACAUGCUCGACCUGCAGUACCGUCAGACGGUGCGGGACAUGGCGCGGCUGCAGCAGCAGCAGCAGCAGCAACACGUGCUACAGCCAGAGCAGCAGCAGCAACAGCCGCACAUGCUACAGCCAUCUGGCGAGCUGCAGGGCCAGCAGCAGCAGCAGCAGCAGCAGCAGCAGCAGCAGCAGCAGUAUGGGGGGCAUCAGGGGCAUCAGGGACAGGGGCAUCAGGGACAGGCGGCCCCGCUGCAACGCCACGCCUCCGGUGCUGCCGCGCCCCAGCCACCGCCUCAGCCUACUACACAGCCUACUACACAGCCUCCUCCGCAGCCACCGCCGCCUGCGCCGCGGCCGCCACAGCCGCCACAGCCGCCGCCUCUGUUCUCCUCCUUCUCCCAGCCCCAGAGCUCACUGGUUGGGCUGCUGGAGUCCCCCCGCCACUUCCUGGUAGACCCCUACGGCACCCCCUGGGGCGGCCACAGCUACAGCUACAGCCCGGCUACAGCCGCCGCCGGCAGCGGCACCCACACCAACCCGCAGUACUCACACCCGCAACAGCAGCAGCAGCAACUCAAAGCGGAGGCGCCGCAGCAGCAACAGCAGCAACAGCCAUACCAGCAGCAGCACCAGCAGCAACCAGGCCCGCACAUGCCCUCCCCUUACACGCCGCACGCCGGCUCUGGCCGUCCCCAACCGCAAACGCACCCAUUCGGUAUCGGCAAUGGUACCGGCAGCGGCAGUGGCGCUAGCGGCCGCGGCAGUAGCCCGCCGCGCCAGCCGCCUGAGGCCCGGCGGCUGCCGGCGCCCGCCGCCACGCCGCCGCCGCCGCCGGCCUGGGCGCCGCCGGGCGCCCAACCGCCGCCGCAGCCGCCACUGCAGCCCUUCAGCUCCCAGCCGUACACUGACCCGUGGCCGCCGUACAUGCCGCCGCAGUACGGCCAGCGCGGUAGUGGCGGCCCGGCAGUAGCAGCGGCACCAGCGGCAGUAGCCGCCAGUGGCGGCGGCGGCGGCACGACGCUGCUAGGGCAUCAUUCGGCGCCGGCGGCGCAGCUGAGCCUGUUCGCCGCCGUUGCGGCUACUGCCGCAGCCGCCGCCACUGCUACUGCCGGGGCGGAGCAGGCGCCCGCCGCCUCGUCGGCCGUACGGCGGGCGGCGGAGCUUCUGUUGGAUUUCGGGGGUGACGGCGGCGGUGCUGAUGGCGGCGGCGCCGACGCCGGUGCCGGCGCGGCCGCGGCUGGUGCGCCGGCGGCGACUGGCGGCGGCGGCGGCGGCUGCCGAGUGGAAUUUGAGCCGAUAAGUUGGUCGGCGGUCGACGCUCGCCGCCCGGGCAGUGACGGCGGCGAGCAACCGGCCGAGCAAGCGCCUGUAGUUGGCGGCGCGGCGGCGGGCGAGGGCAGUGGUGGCGGCGCCGCUUCUGAUGCUGACGCCAGUGCUGGUGCUACUGCCAAUGGUGACGGUCUUGACGGGAGCAUGGAGGCGUUUUGGGAGGGGCUGGCUGCGGCGGCGGCCGCCGCCAUCCGCCGCCAGUCCUCUCGGAGCGACGGCGGCGCCAGUGGCGGCGGCGCUGGCGGCGCCGCCAGCGGCAACGGUAACGGCAACGUCGGCGGCGGCGGUGGCGGCGGCGGCGGCAGUACCGGUAGCGGCGGCGCUAGCUUCUGGGACGAUUUCUUUGCUUCCCAGCUGCUGAUGACGCCCGGCCCCACCGACGGCGGUCGCGCGCCGUCCCUGCCGCCGCCGGCUGUAGCACCCGCGCCGGCGGCGGCGCCGGCAGUAGCAGUCGGCCACAGCCCGGAGGUAGGAGGCGGCGGCGAGCAGAUGGCUGGCGGCGGCGACAGAGCGGCUGCUGCGCCAGGAUCGCCGGCGGCGGCGCCGCUGCCGCAGGCGCCUGCUCCUGUGCAGCUACUGCCGCCGCCGCCGCAGCCGUGGCGCUCCAUCAGUGAUGUGGGUCAGCUGACGGCGGCGGCUGGGCUACACCUACAGCCGUACACGUGUGCUGCUGCCGCUACAGCCACAGCUACAGCCGCUGCGGCGGGUCCUGGCGGCGCCACUCCGCCGCCGCAUGACGGCGGCAUGGCGCCGGCCGGAGAGGACGCUGCCGCCGCCGGCCGUGAACGCACCGCGUUCUCACAUCUUCCUCCGCCGCCGCCGCAGCAGCAGCAGCCACAAGAGCACCCGCCACAGCCGCCGCCUUGGCUGCAUGCGCCGCAGCCGCCGGCGCACUAUCCGCAGCAGCAUAACCACCAGCAGCACCCCCACCAGCUGCAGCCGCAGGGCUCGGCGUCCGGUGCGUUGCAGGUGGACAUGGAGGAGGCCGAAGACGCGGGCGAGUGGGGCCACGGCCCUGCUGGCCCGGCCGCAGUUAGCCUGGCGCCACCCGCCGCCUCAGCGCCCGCAGCUGCCGGAGGCAACGACACCGCCGGCGCUGGAUGGGGCGGCGGCGGGGCAGCCCGCUGGUAUCCCCAGCCGCCGCCGCAGCUACAGCCGCAGCAACCGCAGCAGCAGCUACAGCCGACGCCGCAUCCGCAGCUACAGCCGACGCCGGGGGGCCUGCUGCGCGGCGGCACGGUCUGGCGCUUCGGCGGCUCCACCCAGCAGCCAGGCACCCACACACCCUCGCACUCCGACGGCGCCCCAGCUGCAAGCUCGCACGCCGCCGCUACCCCCCUGCCUCCGCUGCCGCCGCUCCCGCCACUCCCGCCGCGUCCCGCGUCCGCCGCCGGCGGUGCCGCCACCGCCGCCACUGCUGCACCCGCCGCCGCCGCAUUCAUUCUGUCGCCGCGGGCCGCCCAGCACUUCAGUCUGUCGCUGCCCUCAGGCGACGCCUUUAACAGCUACACAAGCGCUGCCGCAGCCGCCGCAGCCGCCACGCCACCUGCCCGGUCGGCCUCCCCAGCGGCCGCGCGGUCGGCAGGCGACGCAUACACUAUAGCUGCCGCCACACCCACCACGGCAGCAGCAGCAGUAGCUGGGGGCGCCGGCACUUCUGCGCCCGCCGCCAGCGCCGUCCGCCGGAGCCGCCGAAACAGCAGCGGCGGCGGCGGCCGCAACAGCGCUGUCAGCGGCGGCGGCAGUGGCGGCACCGGCGGCGCGGUUGACCCCGGCGGCACGGCUGGGGAUGAGGCGGCAUCGGUGGGAGGAGGCGGCGGCGGCGGUGCUCGUGGGGGCAGCGGCGGUGCCACUCGCAGCCGACGCAGCGGCAGCGGCAAUGACAGCCUGGCCGCCGCUGGCAGCGCCGGGCGGAUGGGAGCGGAGGCCGAAGUGGGUACAAGCGACGCCGGCGGCGCAGCAGGGACCAGCAGCGGCAGAGACGGCGGUGGCGCCGCCGGCACGCGCAAGCGGAGGGCUUCCUUCAUGACCGCCCGGUCGCCGCCGCCGUCUCUGCCGCCACCGAUGACGACGGCCGCUGCCGCCGCGCCGGCGCCGCCGCUGGCGCCACACAUGCCAGGGUCAGGCCCAGGGCCGCUGGCGCCGCCGGUGCCGCCGCCUGCAACACCACUGGCCUCGGCGCCGCCGCUGCCGCCGCCGUCUCACGCGUUCUUAUCGCACUACACACCGGCGCCGCCGCCCACGCACCUGGCGGCGCAUCAGUGGCCGCCACCCCAGCCGCCGCCGGGCCCUCAGCAGCAGCCUCAGCAGCAGCAGCAGCAGCCGGGGGCGGCAGCGUGGGGCAGCGAGAGCAAGGAGGCGCGGACGCCCUCUGAUGGCAGCGCGCACAGCACACACAUCACACACACCCCGCCACUGCCCUACCCGCAGCAGCACCCGCAGCAGCAACCACAGCUGUACCCCCAUCUUGCUCACAUGCCGCCACAGCCGCCACAGCCGCAGCAGCAGCAGCAGCAGCCACAGCCACAACCGCCACAACCGCUGCAGCCGCCACAGCCGCCAUUGAGCCCAGCGGAUAUGUACGGCCGCGCGUUGUACGGUGGCUCGUACGGCGGUGGCGGCGGUGUGUAUGGCGGCGGCGGCGGCACAUUGAUGCAGCCUAUGCCUGCGGCUGCGGGCGUGGAGGCGGCGCCGACAGGUGGUGGCAGUGCGUUGCCGCGGAACGGCGGCGGCGGCGGCGGCCGCCGCACCGUCACAACGCCUUCGCCAACCACACCGGGUGGCGGCGUUGGCGUUAGCGACAGCGGCGUACAGCAGCAAACGCCGCCGCAGCAGCAACAACAGCAGCAGCAGCAACAGCAGGAGCACUGGUUUCCUCAGUUUUGAAUUUUGAGCGCAUGUCACCGGGCUGUGGGGCCUUGCCUAGGAGGCGCAUUGCACUUGUUCCAUGUUGUUUUUCCUCAUAAUGACUCGCAACGGCGGUUACACAAAUACAUGGCUACCAGGCAGUAGCAGUAGCAACACUCGCGGUGUCGUGUCUUUGUUUCUGGCGGGUAGCGGCGUGUGUAUGAACGGGGGGCAAAUGAACUUACGACCCAACGAACGGACCCGGGCUGGUAUGUGAGCCGCCGCAACACACGUGUCGCGCUGCUUCUGCUUUGAAAUUUCUUGUGGGCUUUCCCUGACACAUAUGUGCAAUAUUGAGUAGCAAUAAGUGAGAUGCUUGGACGGGUGCGGGCGGCAGGAGGCUUGUAGCAGCGCGGACGCGACGUGACGGGAGAAGUCUUCUCCCGUCGCGUCGAGGGGUCCGGCUGGUGGCCAGGGCUAGGGCAAUCCACAUUGUGCGUGUCAUAUGACUGACGUCCGUCUCGUACUUUCACAGCGCGAGGGGAUGCGCAGCAUGAUGUGGGGGAAUAUUACUAUUUUAGCGCCAGGGGUUAGGCAGCAUGGUGUGGGACAAGGUGGCGCCGGCACGAGGCCGAGGGUCUGUGUCCCUGUGUGCGUGUGUGUCGGAGAGGGCGGAGGCGACGGGCAAUGGGGUCGGGGCAGAGUGCGGGAGGCAUGGCGCAGGUGAAGGGAGGGAUGCGGCUGCGACGUGUGCAAGACUCCGGAACUGCGGAUUAGAGCCGCGGCACGGCGGCAGGCCCCGGUUACUUCUGGAUCUGAGCGGCCACUCGGGUGUGGGUGUGGGUGUGCGAUGGGACAGUGGUAAGGCAGGUUGGCGAGGUCCCGUAGGGUGCAGCUGACGCCCAUACCCCAAGCAGACGGCAAACAAUUUGCAGCGGCAGAGCAGAAGUGCAUGGCUGGUCGAACGCCGGAGUUACUGCACCGACAAGUUGCUGGCUGGCUGGAAGUUUGCUGAUGCGCAUUCCUCACGCUCCGGGCGCCCGGCCAGGCGAUAGCACCACACAGACACACCGCAACGCCACACUCGCGAUGCAGAGCCGCAGCGCACCUGUGGGUGUGGGUGUGGGUGUGCGGCCUGUAGAGGCUAGCUGCCUGGUCUUGCAGCGCACCCUGCCUAAUAUGUAGGGGCCUGAUGGGCCGGAGGGGUGGUAUGGGGUACCGAUCCUACCGAUCCUC